AAUAAAAACCAACAGUUCUUAUUUGUCAGCUCGUGCUGUUCUCCUGUGCACACAGCAGACGAAGUUAAAGAGCUGACGAUUGCACAUGUGAGAAGCAAUAUGACGUCCGAAGUGGUGAUCCGGCCGGCACGUAUGUCAGAUUACUCCGCCGUAGUGGAUGGAAUUGGGGAUGUUUACUGGGGCAGGGACCACUUACCUGCAAAGUAUUCAGAGUUUGUUCAAGACCCAGACUUUCUCUCCUUUGUGGCAGAGGCUGACGGAGAAGUGAUCGGAUUCUACGUGGGAGAACUCGUGGACAACAAACAAACGCUACAUAAAAGAGCAGGAAGGAUCAAGGACGAGUAUAAAGGUCAAGGUAUUUUUACCAAGUUGAGUGAUGCCAUCGACACAGAAGCGGCAAAACUAAGUACAGCAAAACGCGAGGUGAUGGCGUGUUCGAAACAGACUGCCGAGAGAAUCAGUAAGGGAUACGCUCAGAAGAAAGGAUUGGAGCAGAUUGUGCACAUGAAAUUGUACUAUACGAUUCUCGUUAAAAGCGAUGUUCCAAAAGCGGACCCUUCAACUUUUCAAAACGUCCACGAGCUGACGCUCAAGGACAUGGAAGAACUGUUCGAUGACGAGGUCGCGUGGAACAGACUCAUACGCCAAGGCCGAUUAUGCGUUCAUUAUGUGCCUUUGCGCAGGGUCAAGGAGAACAUACGGCAUGUCAUCAACCACAGAACGAAAACCUUCAUGUCUUUUGGAUCUUCAGGUGUCAAGGACGCUGGUGUCCCCGCAGAAAGUCACGUCCAAAAUGCCUCCUUACUCUCGACAAUACAUUAUUUCCCAGUAAGUUUGGGUCUAGCCUUUUAUUCUGACUUUUAUGGCUCAGACUUCACAGAUUUGGAAUCCCAUCUGCAGAUGCAUAUUCAUCACUUAAAUGAAGCCAAAAAAACGAGAAUAGGCUGGGUCAUCAAUGUUCCCUUCGAUCUUGAUUCUGAUGUCAGGGAAAGACUGAAAGAUGUUCUGUCCGCGUAUGGAAUACCUCUCACACAGGACCCUAAUGUAACGGAUGUAUUGAUGUUUGAAGCAACGUCACAGACGUUUAAAUGAAAAGAAGGUAAUGAACACUGACCUGUUAGUUCUUCCCCAUUUAACCAUAGUUAUUUGACAGCAUCUACUAGGCACAUACUUAAAAACACAUACAUACAUACAUACACAAACACAUGCACACACACGUACCCUCACACA